AUGUCUGAUAGCAUUAUGAAAAUCAAAGACAUGAUUGAGAGAACCAGAGAACUAGCCAAUACAAUUAGGGGACCCAUCUUAUUCUCUGGUGAAAGCCACAUAGAGCUGCGUCCUCCUAAAAACCUGGUUGAUCUACGAGCAUUCACUGCCAUGGACCUGAUGCUCCAUCGGCCCAAAAAAGAGCCCCCUGGUCGUGAAGGCAGGCGCAGUCGACGCCAAAGUGGAGAGGAAGAAAAUCUGUUUGUCCUUUACCUGGGAAACAAGAAUAUAAAGAGAGACUUUAUUGGAAUGGUAGUCAUGGAUGGUAUCCUAUAUUGUGUGUACAAACUGGGGGGCAUAACUUACAAAAUAAAGACCCAAACAAUUACCCAGUCCAACAUUGACAGCUCCUUUAUGGACAGAGUGGAGUUCAGCAGAAUUUACCAAGAUGCAGAAGUCAUCUUUACCCAGCAUUACACCUCAGCUGUACCCAAGAAGCUGCCAAAAAUCACAAAUCAACCUAACACAACUGUAAACUUGCUGGACCUGGACAGUGAUGAGGUUGUUUUCUAUGUGGGAGGCUAUCCAGAUGACUUCACUCCACCACUGGAGCUCCAGUAUCCCAAAUUUAAGGGAUGCAUUGAGUUUAAUACAUUAAAUGAACACAUCCUCAGCCUAUACAACUUCCAGCAUGCUGUCAACAUUAAAAAUACAGACCGAUGUCUAAGAGGUGAGACCCGAGACGUGAAAAAAUACUUUGACGGUACAGGCUAUGGCAAGAUUGAUGUGGUCAGCAGUAAAUCCAUCAAGUUCUUUGUUCUAAGUCGACAAGAGAAUGCCUUGCUGUUUUUUAUGGGGAAUGAGGACUCUCACUUCGCUAUUACUGUUGAAAGAGGCUAUGUUGUUUUGCGGAGUACAGGGAAUAACCAAACGCAAAUUCGGAGUGACAAAAAAGUUUUUCCUGUGGCCUAUUUCCAGAACAUUAAAAUCCUCCAGUCACCCGGCAAAACUGAGAUGAAAGUUGUUAGGUUUUCGGUCAAUAUUAGGAUCAACUACAAGGUCUAUACACAAGCAUUUAUAGGAGGAAUCCCAGCAGCGAUCGCAGAGAGACUAAAUAUUAACCACCCAGCUUUUAGAGGAUGUCUUAAAAUGCUUGAGGUGGACAUUGCCAUCAAAUUUUCAGAAGCAAUUGGAAUUCAUCCUGGUUGUCCACUAUCUUUACUGGGUAUACAUGAAGUUACUUUGGAGACAGGAAGCUCUCUUGCUCUUAACAUUACGUUGCCAAAUUUGACCACAGUGGUUUCACUGGGCUUCAAAUCCACACAGAGCAGCGGUGUUUUACUGCACACUGGGGACUCGGUGAGUGCACAGUCAUCUCUAACGAUUCUUCAUCUCUGUAUGAACAUUGUACUUGGUUAGAUCUUCUGUAGAUAUGUGUAACACAAUACAUGUCAAUGCAUAGAAUCAAUACAGAUCAAGCUCAUAUACUCAGUUUAUUUGCCUCUGAUGAACAGGACAGUGGAUUUGAACUGUCUCUUGUUGAUGGACAUGUUGAGAUGAAAGACAGUACAACCAAUUUAAAGUCCAAAAACAGAUACGAUGAGGGAAGAUGGCACUAUGUGACGGCUUUUAGAAACAGCACGGGGAUGGAGCUAAAUGUUGACAAUUCAGACAGAGGAGAUGUGCAGACAAUGUCCAAAGGCUCUAUAGUCCAAGACACUGAUGUGAUUUUAGGAAAAGACACUUUCAGAGGCUGCCUGAGGAACUUUUACAUGAGGAGAAUGGAAAACAAAUACAUCCCAAUUGAUCUGAGCAAUUUCACUCAGACAGGAGUCUUGUCUUUUGAGUUGUGUAACACUCAGCAGCAGCCUCUGUCCAUCAUUGCAAGACGCGGUUUAAAACUAAUUCAGUCCAAUAUCAGAAAGAAAGACUGUAGCAAGCCAGUCAGUCACAUCCUGGCCUACCAUCUCAGCACACGUAGUCAGCUACAAUACAUCAUAACUCCAGAAGACCUUAAUUACAGGCCUCAUAUUUUCCUGGAUAUGCAGACGAGGUCAGCUGAUGGAUUGCUGCUCCACAUCACAGAUAAGCAAGGUUUUGCUCGUGUCAUCCUGUUCGUGAAAGGUGGCAGAGUCAAUCUGUUUGUUGGCAAUGGAAGAUUGAUUUACUAUCAGAAGAAGAUUAAUAAUGGUGCCUGGCACAAUGUAUGUCUCUGACUCCAUGAUCUUUG